UCAUCCUUCGUGCACAUGCUCUCUGUUUUUCCAGCUUCUUCUUUUUUUCUCUUUGAUUCCUUACACACUGAUCACCGCAAUAUCAGGGUAGCCCUCUUUUGCCUGGCCACAGUGCAGAUCUUUGCUUUAUUCUUGAGGCCAAAGAAGGACCACAAGUACCGCUUGUAUUGGAAUAUCUACCACCAUGCCCUUGGAUACGCCAUACUUGUCCUUGGCAUUCUCAAUAUUUUUAAAGGUUAUGACAUCUUGCAACCUGCAAAGAACUGGAAAUCAGCUUACAUAAUUGUGAUCAUUGUAUUGGGUGCGAUAGCCUUCUUGUUGGAAGCGAUUACAUGGAUUGUAGUCUUGAAGAGGAAGUCUAGCAAUUCCACCAAGCACUAGAUGGAUUCAACAAUGAAGAAGGUAGGUAUUAGUUGCUCAUUUAGGUUCAAAUACAUUUGGUGCCGUUCUCUCAUGGCAGAUACUGAUUUUGUAAUAUCCUUCUCUUCUUGAUUGUGAUAUAACUUUCUCUUCCAAACUUUUGUUUGGUUUGUGUAUAACAGCUUGAUUUCUCUUGGAUAUCAUACACUUAAAGAUUGUUCAAUCUUUCAGCUA